CCCUCCCUCCUUCCUUCUCUCCUUCUUUCUCUCUUUUCUUUCUUUCACUAGCCAACCUCCAAAGUCACAUUUCACUUAAUUUUUAUCCUGCCAAAUUUGAAAGCCUUUUAACUGAGUGAUUUUAGUGUAAACAGGAGCAGGAGAAAAUAUAAUGAUCUAAGUUUCAUUCUGUCACCCAGGCUGGAGUGCAGUGCCAUAAUCAUAGCUACUGCAGCCUUGAACUCCUGGACUGGAACUUUUUGGUUCUGCAUCUUUGCAGGUAUACAAAAUGUGCCUACCAGGAAUCUGCUUUAUAUCCAUUGAAAGCAAGAAAUAAUACAGUAAAACUUAGCCUGGCUAGAGGCUUUGAAACAAUGGUGUAUUCUGGUUUAAUUCUAAUAACUUGGAAAUAUGAAGGUGAAAAAAACUUCAACACUUAAAUUUCCUGUUGAAUGCAAUUUGAAAAUAUAGCCAAUGAUUCCACUUUUCUUCUCUAGUAAGGUUGGACAUCCCGAUCUACUUGGUGUUUUAUUAUAGAACUGCUAGUGUGCCUGAGUCUCACAUUGUGGAGAUACUUUUUUAAAACUUGAGAUGUAAAAGGAUGUCAAUGGUUUUGUAUGAGAUCAGCCUGGAUGAGAACUGACACUUUUAAAUAUAUGUUUUAGACUAAGUCUCUGAUUGCCACUUGCUUUCUUAUUGAACUCACAAAAAUAAAAGACACUGGAUACAGGGUGGGAGUAGGAAGGAGAUUUAUGUCUUUUCAUUGCAUGUCAUUGUUGCAUAACAAGGCAGAACGUAUGUUAUAUCUGGCUUUGGACCUACAGAAGGAAACAUAUUUUUCUACCUGCCGUAUGCCAGAGGUUCUUGAACACCUGGAGGGACUACUGCAGCACAGGUUGCUGAACCCUACUCCAGAGUUUCUGAUUCACCAGGUCCAGGAUGGGGCCUGAGGAUUUGCACUUAUGAAAAGAUCUCAGGUGCUGCUGGUGCUGCUAGUCCAUAGACUACAUUUUGAGAAUCACUCUUGUCUAUUAACUGUAAAUUGUAGAACUCUAGAAAAAACGUUUAAUUUGCUCUGGGAUAAGAAGCACACAAGUUAUGGAGAAAAUCAUGAAAGAUUCAACCCAUGAUCCCAGCCUAGUGUGGAAUUCAGCUAAUAAGCAGUACACAGUGAGGUAACAUAAUUAUUGGUUUUCAAGAUUGCAAAGCACAGUGUCAAGUGAGAAAUUCAGUUUCAUUUGCAAGGCUUAGAGAGGCCAGGUGAUUCUAGAAUAAUGGGACUUGUAUUUCUCUUAAACCAGUAGAGAGCUUCAAGUGCUUAUUAAAUUGAAAGCUCUGUGUUCUUCCUUAUUUUCUAUUUUAUUUUAUUUUAUUUUACAUCUUUUGAGAUGGAGUCUUACUCUGUCGCCCAGGCUGAAGUCCAGUGGCAUGAGCUUGGCUCACUGCAACCUCCGUCUCCUGGGUUCAAGUAAUUCUCCUGCCUCAGCCUCCCAAAUAGCUGGGAUUACAGGCACCCACCACCACACCUGGCUAGUUUUUGUAUUUUUAGUAAAGACAGGGUUUCGUCAUGUUGGCCAGGUUGGUCUUGAACUCCUGACCGCAGACGAUCCGCCCACCUCGGCCUCCCAAAGUGAUGGCAUUACAGCUGUGAGCCACCGCACCCAGCCCAAAAGCUUUGUGUUUUUAAAGAUAUCAGACAGAUUUCUCAUUUAAAAAACAAAAAAUCUUAAUAAUGUAGGAGAAUAAGAGAAAUGUUCUUCCAAAAAAGAGAAAUCAUUGUGAUUAUUUUGUAUUAUUGGAAUGUUGGUACUAUAGUCUGCUUCAUUAAUCAUCAAGCAUUUUCCAUUUUUCUAGGAUCUGUAUCUCAGUGAAGGUGAUACUGGUAAUUCUUGUACACUAUUUGAAGAUGAAAAAUAUAGGCCAAAAUCAUAGACUUUGCAUAGAAGCUGGAUAAUGAAGACAGCUCUGGAGGAAAACAUAGAUACACACACACAGACACACGUAUAUAUAAAGUAUACACAUGUAUAGUUUUUUAAGUUUUUUUUUUACAGUUUGAAAGCUUUUAAAGCAAAAGCCAGCCGCUCCCCUCUCCGAGUGGGCAGCCCCUCCUCUCUCUCUGAGUGGGCAGGAACAGUAGCUGCAUGGGCAGCUUUCCUUGUGAUGCCACAGGUCCCUCUGGACACCCUGCUGCCUGGCCACACCUCCUUUCCCUUUCAUCUUUCUCACUGACCAAUGGGCUUGGAGCAUUAAGGCCACGCCCCUCUUCUGAGUUCUAGUGGGGCCCUGGUUACGCCUCCUCUGGCUCAGUUGCACAGCGGCCUGGUAGGUGACUGGAGGCAUUCAGCCGUGCUCACUGGGAUUUCGCUGAUGUGACCCCCAACCCCAUCUCCCUCCGCACCCCAUGAUGUCAGAAAAAACACGACAGGGAAAAUUCACCGCAGCCAAGAAAAAGUUAAAAGAAUAUUGGAAGAGGAAGAGCCCUGGCGUUCCAGCAGGAGCUAACAGGAAAAAGAAAAUCAAUGGCAGUAGCCCUGACACAGCCGCUUUUGGUGGUUACCACUCACCUGCGGAUUCAGCAACAGGUGUCUACGGGGAGGGCCCUGUGUCAUCUUCUACCCUGAAAGAUCUAGAGGGCCCUUUCGCCCUGUGCUUUGGGCAGGUUCCCACAUUGAAGGAGGAGAAGAAGCGUGAGAUACAUCGGGUACAGAAGCUUGGGAGGAGCUUGUUCAAACUCAAACACCAGAGGGCUGAACCCCGGGCCCCAGAUCCCCCAGCAGGGCCCUCUGAGGUGGAGCAGCUGCAAGAUGAGACCAAACACCUAAGGAAGGAGCUGGAGAGUCUGGGAAGACAGCUCCAGGCCGAGGUGGAAAACAAUCAGAUGUUGAAUCUCCUGAACAGGAGACAGGAGGAGAGGCUGCAGGAGCAGGAGGAGAGGAUACGUGAGCAGGAGGAGAGGCUAUCUGGGCAGGAGGAGAGGAUACGUGAGCAGGAGGAGAGGAUACGUGAGCAGGAGGAGAGGAUACAUGAGCAGGAGGAGAGGCUAUCUGGGCAGGAGGAGAGGAUACGUGAGCAGGAGGAGAGGAUACGUGAGCAGGAGGAGAGGAUACGUGAGCAGGAGGAGAGGCUAUCUGGGCAGGAGGAGAGGAUACGUGAGCAGGAGGAGAGGAUACGUGAGCAGGAGGAGAGGAUACAUGAGCAGGAGGAGAGGCUAUGGGAGCAGGAGUGGCUGCCAGAGCAGGAGAGGCUGCUGGAGGAGGUGAAGAAGCUGUUGGAACAGGAGAGACGGGAGGAGGAGGAGGAGAAGCUGCUAGAGCAUGAGAGGCUGCUGAACCAGGUAGAGAAGCUGCUGGAAGAGGAGAGGCUGCGGGAGGAGGAGAGGCUUCCAGAGCAGGAGAGGCUCUUGGAGCAGGUGGAGAAGCUAUUGGAACAGGAGAGGUGGCAGGAGGAACAGGAGAGGCUGCUGGAGCAGGUGGAGGAACUGUUGGAACAGGAGAGGUUGCGGGAGCAGGAUGAGAGACUGCGGGAGCAGGAGAGGCUGCUGGAGCAGGUGGAGAAGCUUUUGGAACGGGAGAGGCGACAGGAGGAGCAGAAGAGGCUGCUGGAGGAGGAGCAGCUGCUGGACCAAGUGGAGGAGAUGCUGGAACAGGAGAGGCUGCGGGAGGAAGAUCAGAGGCUGUGGGAGCAGGAGACACUGCGGGAGCUGGAGAGGAUGCUGGAGCUGGGGUGGGAAGCCCUCUACGAGCAGCAGGCGGAGCCACACAGCAGCUUCGAGGAGCUGAACAAUGAGAACAAGAGCGCACUGCAGUUGGAGCCGCAAGUAAAGGAGUUGAAGAUGCUGGGCGAGCUGAAAGACACGGAGCACCUGGAAGCUACCAGCCAGCAGAAACAGCAGUUAAAGCCAGGUUGAGCCUCAUGGUUCUCCCUGGGGAAGAAGAGAUGGAGGAGGACAUCUGGACAGUGAGGAGGAGGAGGCACCUCAGCCCAUGCAGAACAUCCCAGAGAACCGGGAGAGCUGGGAGGUCAGGUGGCAUUUCUGAACGACGCUGGAGCCAAUGCCCAGGAAUACCAAAGGGUGUGCUGCCAGCCCCUGGUUCACCCGGUGGCUGCAUCCCAGAGGACCCCAGGGACUGGGGGACGACUUUAUGGAGGAGAAAGUGGACAUGAAGGAGCAUAUGGAGAAACUAGAGCUUUCACUUCACUUUUACCUGACACAUAUAAAUGACUAGGAAUGACCUUCAGAUAGUGUUUAGCAUCUGUAACCUAUCUGGCAAUAAUGUGUUCAUCAGGGACCUCUGGAUUAAAUCACAUACUGGCAUAUUUAAGCUGAAUGUCAGUCUGAAAAAUAAAUGUGCUAUAUUACCUGAAAUACCA